AUGCUUCUUCUCAAGUCCACCAGAGCCAGCCUACCUCCCCACCUCCUAGCCUGCGCGCUGCUUCAAUCUCCCCUGCUGCCGGCCGUCUAUAUAAACCCGCCCAUACGGCCAUACCUCUCCCGCCCAAUCUAUCACACGCAUCUCAUACUCUUCUCCCCGGCCCCCAACAGUUGUGAGUGGUGCUUAGGUCGUCUUCUCCGACGAGCCAGCAGAGUGCCAAUCAUAUCAAUCAGCCGCUCGCUCGCACGAUCGUGUGGCCGGCCGUUUUGAUCUCGAAUCGAGGAGCGAAGGUGUUGGAAGAACUGAUGGACAUGGCGCACGAGAGGGACUCGAGCAGCGAGGAGGAGGUGAUGGCCGGUGACCUCCGGCGCGGGCCGUGGACGGUGGAGGAGGACAUCCUGCUGGUGAACUACAUCGCCGCGCACGGCGAGGGCCGCUGGAACUCGCUCGCCCGAUCAGCAGGGCUGAAGCGCACCGGCAAGAGCUGUCGCCUCAGGUGGCUGAACUACCUCCGCCCGGACCUCCGUCGCGGCAGCAUCACGCCGCAGGAGCAGCUCCUCAUCCUGGAGCUGCACUCGCGGUGGGGGAACCGGUGGUCCAAGAUCGCGCAGCACCUCCCUGGGCGCACGGACAACGAGAUCAAGAACUACUGGCGCACCCGCGUGCAGAAGCACGCCAAGCAGCUCAAGUGCGACGUCAACAGCCAGCAGUUCAAGGACGUCAUGCGCUACCUCUGGAUGCCCCGCCUCGUCGAGCGCAUCCAGGCCGCCGAGGCCGCGCAGCCCGCUGAUGCCGACACGCCCGUGUCGUGGCAAGCGGACGGCAUCUACGACGAGUCCCCGGAGGAGCUCCCGUUAGCCGUCGAUGCCUGCUGCUGGCCAGCUGAUCAUCAGUACGGCGCCGCGGCCAGCGGCGCCGGGCAUCAGCUUCUGAACAGCUCCGCAGUGCCGGAGCCGUCGAGCACCACUACGGGCUCUUCUUCGUCGCCGUCCACGGACGACUCUGGCGCCGGGGCCCAGCCCAGCUGCUGGCCCGCCACGGUCGACGAGUGGUUCACUGCCUCCAGCGCCGCCGCCGUCGCCAUGCGCGACACGGACCAGCAGCUAAUCAUCCAGCAGCAGGCACCGUGCCAACAAGCCGGGGAGGCGUGGACGUCGGAGCCGGUGCUGCCGGGUAACGCCGGGUUCCCGGAGCUCGGCGUGGCGGACUUCGAGAUGGGCAGCUUCGACGUGGACAGCAUCUGGAGCGGCAUGGACGACUUGUGGUACACGCAGCCGCAGUUCGUGUGAGAGAAGUCAAUACGGUGGGCAUGGAAAUCCACGGCUAGCGGCGACGAUCGGAUGCCCGUGCCCCGUGCGCGCGGGGGACGCCUAGCGGAGCGGAGAAACGGAUUAGAAGAAGGAGCGGAAUUAUCUGGAGGAAUUAAACAAGAUUAAUUUACCAACUCAACUACUCAAGAUACCCUUUUUUUGGACCUACUCCUCCCGGGCUCUUCCACUCCAGUUCUUUUCCCGUCUUCUCUCAUGUGUUAAUUUACUGCUAGUAGGGUAAAAAGUAAAAAAAUGUAGUCCAUCCACAGAUCUAGUGUUAAUUGUUGCUGCCGUCACGUGAUCCGUUUUUAAUUUUGCUCAUUCUUUUUGAGUAAAUUAUGUACUAAGUAGUACUGCUAGCACAUAUCAACUGAGCUGAUAGGGAAUUGUAUUUUCUAGAAGUGGUAAUAAAAGCAGGCUCCGACGUCAAAGUCUUGUUGGUUAAAA